UUAUACUCCAUUGACAGUAUGAGGUAUGGAAACCAGUUGAGAGGAACAGGAUGAGUAUAGCUGAGCUAUGGAUUGGAUUUCUGAAAUAUUAUGCUAUGGAUUUUGAUUGGUCGACUGAUGUGGUAACAAUUAAACAAUUGGACAAGUUAACAAAGUUUAAGAAAUGGUGGACAUCAAAGCACAUGGGAAUUGAAGAUCCUUUUAACUUGGAGCAUAACCUUGGACAGGCUGUAUCUAGCAGAAUGAGGACUUACAUGUUGAUGAGGUUUCAAAGAGCUUACAAACAUCACACAAAACCCAAGCACUGGAAGCACCUGGAUGAAUUAAUUAAUGAAUUUGUAUUAUGUGGUAAAUUUAAAGCUCCCAAGUUUUUGAUUUGUGAUAAGUGCAACUCCAGAGGACACAGAGCAGAGUCUUGUAGUACCACCAGUACAGGAGGAGAGAAAGGGAAGGAGAGAAAUAAUAAACAACACCAGCAGCAGCAGCAGCAACACCAACAGCAGAAACAGGAAUUGAAAGAGGAACAUGAAGAUAAACAGGAACCAGAGGAUGCAGUUAUGAGAGGAGGAGGGAGAGGGAGAGACAGGGGGAUAGGAAGGAGAGGGAGAGAAAGGAAGCAUGGUGAUGACCCAGAAAGAAAUGAUGCAUUAAAACGUGUAUUGGCUAGUACAAGGAAUGGCUCUAUUGAAGAAUUGAAGAGAUUGAAGCAACGUUUAAGACCAUUGGUCUAUGAUAAAUGCAGAAAUGGAACCAUACAGCACAAGAUUGAACUGUCUGUUGUUAACGAACUACUCAAGAAACAUGAAGCCACACCUACUGGAGGAACCACACCCACUGGAGGAACCACACCCAUUGCUAGAACCACACCUACUGGAGGAGCUACACCCACCAGUGCUAGUGCUGGUUUCAUUCCAGUACCAGUUUCAGCAGUUUAUUCGUCUCAUUCCCUUGGUGUAUUACCGUACAAUGUCAGACCUCCUCCUUUACUAGCCACACCCCCUCCAACUGACACACCUUCAAGACUACAUUUACUCUCCACUCGUCCGUACAAACAUUGAAAAUAUUUAUUAUUGCUGUUGUUAAUUAUUUUUGUUAUUUAGAAAAACAAAUUAUUAUUUGAACUGAAGGUGAAGCCGUGCAAAGGUGUAGAUAUAUAGACUGACCACAUACACUAUCAGCAGCCCUUGCAGCCUUCCCUCACUACUGUAGCACCUUCAGCCCUGACUAUCAUUACCUGUUGACUACUGCUAAUCACUGACUGCUUUAGUCUCUACCUCAACUGUAUAUACUGCUGAUUACUGUCUGUUAGGAACUGCUUUA